GUCAAAAAAAAUCAGGUUAUCCAUGGGGAAUUAAGGGAGAGAGCGGGGGGCAGGCAGCAGCGAGGACCCACCGAAGAGUGCUGCUAGCUUGGGGCACCCCAACAUCAGGGUGGGGGGUACCUGGCUCUCCUUUUUUUGAAUUUCUGCUUCAUCUCCCAGUGCCCACCUCGUCCUCGAGGUGUGCGUGCUAUCUCCUUGAAGAGCUGGAAAAGCCUGGGGACCUAGACGAGCUUGUGGAGUUAUUGGAGGAGGAGGAGGACGAAGCCAUGGGGAGCGGGGCCAGUGCCGAGGACAAGGAGAUGGCCAAGAGGUCCAAGGAGCUGGAGAAGAAGCUCCAGGAGGAUGCGGAUAAGGAGGCCAAGACGGUCAAGUUGCUGCUGCUUGGGGCUGGAGAGUCAGGGAAGAGCACCAUCGUGAAGCAGAUGAAGAUCAUCCACCAGGACGGUUACACGGAGGAGGAGUGCAUGGAGUUCAAGUCCAUCAUCUACGGGAACAUCCUGCAGUCCAUCCUGGCCAUCAUCCGCGCCAUGUCUACGCUGGGCAUCGACUACGCCGAGUCCUCGUGCGCGGAUGAAGGCCGGCUGCUCUUCAACCUGGCUGACUCCAUAGAGGAGGGCACGAUGCCCCCCGAGCUGGUGGCCUGCAUCAAGAAGCUGUGGAAGGACGGGGGUGUUCAGGCGUGUUUUGACCGCGCUGCCGAGUAUCAGCUCAACGACUCAGCCGCGUAUUACCUGAACCAGCUGGACAGGAUCACAGCCCCCAACUACCUCCCCAACGAGCAGGAUGUGUUGCGAUCCCGAGUGAAGACCACAGGGAUCAUCGAGACCAAGUUCUCUGUCAAAGACCUGAAUUUCAGGUGGGUGGGAGCCUCCCCCACCACCAUGAUCACUAACCGCAUGCAUGAAUCCCUGCACCUAUUCAACAGUAUAUGCAACCACAAGUUCUUUGCCGCCACCUCCAUCAUCCUCUUCCUCAACAAGAAGGACCUUUUUGAGGAAAAGAUCAAGAAAGUCCAUCUCAGCAUCUGCUUCCCAGAGUAUGAUGGUCCAAACACAUUUGAGGACGCAGGGAAUUACAUCAAGACCCAGUUCCUGGACCUCAACAUGCGGAAGGACGUGAAGGAGAUCUACAGCCACAUGACCUGUGCCACAGACACACAGAACGUCAAGUUCGUCUUCGACGCCGUCACAGACGUGAUCAUCAAAGAGAACCUCAAGGACUGCGGCCUCUUCUGAGCACCAGCAGAAGAAGAAGAAAACAUUCCCAUCUCACCGUUCUGCUGAGCAGAGCCAAAGGAAGAACCAACCCUCACCACACGUCACUCGCUCCCACUUUUUCUAUGACCUGCCCAAAUCCUCCUCCUUCCAAACCCAAACCUGGAAGGGGCUGAAGCUCAACUUCCUGCUCCCUUUCAUGGCCAUUUCCUCUUUUUUUUCCAAGGAAGAACCCCUGUUCUCAGUGUUUUACAGGAGGUUUGACACCAGAGAGCACAGCAGGAAUGGGAAUACUGAGGGAAUUUGGGAGGUAGGAUAGACAUGGCCCCCUUGCUCAUCCCUGUGCAGCCCAUUCCUGCCCUUGAUCGAAGCUGGAUGAAUCCAGGAUGGAAUUUCUGGGAAAGGUGGAGGCUCUGUUACCCCCAAGUCCUCCUGGGAACCAACCUCAGUCCCUCAGUCUUUCCUGGGAACCAACCUCAGCCCUUGGGCAGGACAAAUCAGGGGUUUGUGGGGUUGUUUGGGCCCUAAAUGGAGGGAAUUUCUCAGGCAGGAGGGGCUGGGGAAUGGAAUCCCAACUCCAGCCCAGCAACAGGCUGGAUAAAGAGGAAAUGGUUACUUGAAAGAUUUUCAUUCUGCUACUUAGAGCUGCAUUUGCUCUGUCUGUUUGUAAAUAAUCCAUAGAUGAGCCCUGUAUCCAUCCUGUCCCUGUUUCCUGCAGAGAUCUCCCAUCCAGCUUCAUUUAACUGUAGGAAAACACAAUAAAGGAAUACGCAUGAUGUGGAUGUUCUUCCUUUCUCCCACUUUGCUCCAUUCCUGUGUCCCAGAGCUUGGAUCAAGGG